UCGGGGGAACUGUUAUUUGUAAAAUAUUUUAUUUGGGUAACCACCCGAUCCCAUUUAGUCCUCUCUCUCAUGUCACUUGAUUUCAUGUUAAUGCCGUUUCUCGUUCCUCUUCAUAUCUCCUCUCCGCGAUGCAUUCCUCUCCAAGUGGAAUAGUGCAAAAGGUUUGGCACAAGACACAAAUAAUGAAAGGGAUAAAGUAUUUAAAAAAAAGGAAAGUUUACAGAGAUGUAAAUAGGCUGCCAAUUCACAGUAAAUAGUUCAAAACGGUUGAGCAUCAUGCUAAAGGAACAGUAAAUGAUAAAAAAAAAGGAGGAAAAAGUGCAAAUAAAGGAAAAAAGUUAGUGGAGCUGAGUAUUUAUAUAUUUAUUUAUAGUUACUAGCUAUAUACUGUAUGUGAUUUAUCCACUUGGAUGGAAAGUUUUGACCAGAGGUACGUGCUUCCAAGCUCAAAAAUUUUUCACAAGGUCGCCUUGCCUCACCUGUAAAACUAAUAGUGUUAGAGAGCUAGAAAUCUGGGGAUGUCACAUUUAUGACAUAUGUCACAAUCUAUAGCACUGAUAAGCUAAAAUUAGGUGGAGAGAAGUCAUUUGUUUUGUAUGUUUUAUCGCCAUGCUAGUUGCCAUAUGGACCGUAAUUUCUCAUGUAUAAUGCGCACCCGGCGGCACGGUGGUGGACUGGUUAGCACAUCUGCCUCACAGUUCUGAGGACGGGGUUCAAAUCCUGGCCCCGCCUGUGUGGAAUUUGCAUGUUCUCCCUGUGCCUGCAUGGGUUUUCUCCAGGCACUCUGGUUUUCUCCCACAUCCCAAAAGCAUGGUAGGUUAAUUGACGACUCUAAAUUGUGUACACCUUUUUCAUACCUCGAGGUGGUGGUGGCAUAUUGGUAUGAAAGUGUACAGCUUUCUUCUUACCCUCUAGAUGACGGCAUACAUUUGUAAAAUGUGAAAGUUUUUUCCAUUUUCCCCUAUACUAAUGUAUAAUGCACACUAUUGACUUUCAACAUUUUUGGGGGGGGGGAAUGCGCAGUAUAUACGAGAAAUUACGGUAUGUAUGCAAGUUACAGCUCGAGGACCCCAGUUUAAGAAGCACUCAGUUAUAGUGCGUUCGGAAAUGCACCACGACCGCGCUCUGCUACAUUCAGAAGCGUUAGGAAACUCAGCAUUGUUGGAAUGUGCUGUUUGGUUAUUCAGACUAGCGCCACACUCUGGUCGUUUGGAGGAAAAGCGGUAGCGCGUCAGGCAGGAGCAUGGACGCAGUUCGAGCAAGAUGCGAGGAUUGGAGGGGAGCGAGUGCUGUUGUUCUCAGCCACCUCAUGGGCGGUGGUCACAGCUGCCACACCCGCUCUGGCACACCUCGGCUCUCACACCCUGGCUCUGAUGACCAUGGCCAGAGUCCUCAUGGGAGUACUGCAAGGUGUAUUCUUCCCAUCUUUGGCCAGUCUGAUAGCCCAGCGGGCACCGAAAGGGCAGAAGAGCUUUUUAAGCAGCAUCAUGCAAAGUGGUACCUCUCUUGGAAUAUUGUUGGCAGGCCUGCUGGACUCCAUAAUGUUGGACUGGUACAGUUGGGAAAAUGCAUUCUAUGCUGUUGGUUUUCUGUCUGGGCUCUGGGCGCUCGUUGUGUGGCAGUAUUUACUGAAAGGCAAGGUUUAUCCAGGGCAGAAAGAAAGAAGAAAUAACUUCCAGUCAAAGACUUUUUCAUGUACACAUCUGCUGAGCCUCCUGAGAAAGCCGUGCAUCUGGUCGAUGGUCUUCGCUCACAUGUGCACAUGCGGCACCUCCUACACGUUACUGUCGUGGAUGCCAACAUACUUCAGUGAACAAUAUCCACAUGUCAGGACGUGGGUGUACAAUGUGAUUCCUUGGACUGCUGCCAUUCCAGCAGCUCUUUGUGGUGGAUACAUUUCAGAUUCACUCAUCAGCCAAGGAUACAGUGUCGUGUUUGUGAGAAAGUCCAUGCAAUUCAUCGCCAUGGGCGUUUCCGCUGCUUUUGUCAUGCUGCUGUCCGCAAAGAUGUCGCCUCCCAUCGCCGUGAUCUGUAUUUCUGCUGUCAUGGUUUCACUCUCCUUCACUAGCUGUGGUUCAUCUGUGAAUGUGCAGGAUCUGACCCCUUCAAGCGCCGGCACCCUCUAUGGUUUCAUGAAUAUGCUUGGUGCUUUCAUGGGGGUGCUGAUGGUGUCGCUGUCGGGCUACUUGAUUGAGGUAACCGACUCGUGGGUGCCGUGCUUCUGGCUCGUCGCCGCCGUCCACGUCGUCGGUCUCACCGUCUUCCUCUGCUUUGGAGAUGCCCGACGCGUCGACCUCGAAGAGUCCAACUCCGUUGCUUUGAGUUGAAAUAUCGCACAUCUCAAGCGUUUUUUAAAAAACAAAACUAUUUGUUAAGACGUGUUUGGUGUUGCCUGACUGUCCAGACCGGUUUUUGUUAUACCCCAAUAGUAAGUGAGCAUUAUAAAGGGAAGUAAAAGCAUAAUGUUGAGGUAUGUGUGUGAGAAAUCCUAUCCUCACUUAAACCAUUUGAGGCAACAAGCACAACUCGAGUGCAAUUUGUCUUUUCUUGAACUGCACAACAUUUGUCUUCUUUGUCUCUCUAUUCUUCCUUGCAGAUAUUAAUAUUGCCUAUCAAGACAUGCUACCGGUUGUCUUGUAGUUUGACUGAAAUGCAGUGUUGUUGAAUUUGCCCAAUAAACGUCUGAAAACUUU